AGAGAGUGAGAGAGAGAGAGAGAGAGAGAGAGAGAGUCGGUGGAUGCUUGCAAAAGGGUGGAAUGGGAGGAGACGGGCUCCUGGGGUCGCUUGGAUGCUGGGGCGGUUCAAGGGAGAUCGAGUUCACGCUAAGUAGCGAAAACCAGUUUGUGUCAGACCAGCAUCGAGAACGGAUGAUGCUUGGUGUUAAGAAAUUUUUUCUUGGACCACCGCCGUUAUCGCGGAUACGUUUAUAUCGUCGGUCAUCAAUAUUUAUGUUUAUUAAUCGUUAUCCAAUGUUUGUGAUGAAUUCAAAAAAAUGUCAUUUUUGUUUUGUAAAUUCAGUUUUUCUCAUGUUUCUCAUGUUUCUUGUGAAUCCCGUGUCUUCGGAAAAAAUUCCCAUAGGUGCAAUAUUCGAACAAGGCACCGAUGAAGUUCAAUCUGCCUUCACGUUCGCGAUGUUUAACCACAAUCAGAACACUACGAAGCGUAACUUUGAAUUGCAAGCUUACGUUGACGUGAUAAAUACUGCGGAUGCUUUCAAGCUUUCUCGCCUCAUUUGUACACAGUUCAAUAGAGGCGUUUUUUCAAUGUUGGGCGCCGUGAGUCCCGAUUCGUUCGACACUUUGCACUCUUAUAGUAACACUUUCCAGAUGCCAUUCGUGACACCAUGGUUUCCGGAAAAGGUAUUAACGCCAUCGUCAGGCGUUAAUGAUUUUGCAAUAAGUAUGCGACCGGAUUAUCAUCGAGCCAUCAUUGACACUGUUCAAUACUAUAAAUGGAAAAAAAUUGUCUACCUCUAUGAUUCUCAUGACGGUCUUUUGCGAUUACAACAAAUUUAUCAGGGACUUAAACCAGGGAAUGUGACGUUUCAAGUUGAAAGUGUUAAAAGAAUACAAAAUGUUUCUGAGGCAAUUGACUUUCUUCGUACAUUGGAAGAAAUUAGCAGAUGGACUGUUAAAUACAUUGUACUGGACUGUCCCACCGAAAUGGCGAAAAAUAUAGUCGUAAGCCAUGUAAGAGACAUUGCGCUCGGAAAAAGAACGUACCAUUAUCUUCUAAGUGGAUUAAUAAUGGACGACCGUUGGGAAAGCGAAGUGAUCGAGUACGGUGCCAUCAACAUCACUGGGUUUCGCAUCGUCGACGACUCCCGACCCUACGUCAAGGAGUUUCUCGAAAACUGGCGCCGGCAAGACCCCGCGGUACAUGCUGGCUCCGGUCGACAAUCUAUUUCCGCGGGAGCCGCAUUGAUGUACGAUGCAGUAUAUGUGCUUGUGGAAGCUUUUAAUAAAUUUACACGAAAAAAACCCGAUCGAAGUAAUCAGAGACGCACUGGUGUACCAAUUCCAAAUACAUCAAUAAAUGCAACAAGAUCACUCGAUUGCAAUCCUAAUCAAGGUUGGGUAACACCCUGGGAGCAUGGUGACAAAAUAUCCAAACUUUUGAGAAAGGUCGAAGUAGAAGGACUCACGGGUUUGAUUCGUUUCAAGGAAGAUGGACGACGCUUUAAUUACACUCUUCACGUCGUGGAAAUGACUAUUAACAGCGCAAUGGUCAAAGUGGCAAAUUGGUCAGAAGAAGAGGGUUUCAAACCAGUGUCAGCAGAGUAUUCGCGACCAAAAUCAAUAAAAGAUAGAAAUCGAACUCACAUUGUAACAACAAUAAUUGAGGAGCCUUAUAUUAUGCUAAAACCUGAUCCAAGGAAAGAAUUCGUUGGCAAUGAUCGUUAUGAAGGUUAUUGCAAAGAUCUUGCUGAUUUUAUCUCGAAAAGGCUAAACAUAACUUAUGAACUACGAAUUGUUAAGGAUAAAAAAUAUGGUUCCGAAAAUCCGGAUAUAGCCGGCGGUUGGGAUGGAAUGGUGGGCGAACUAAUUAGAGAAGAAGCGGAUAUGGCAAUUGCAUCAAUGACAAUAACAUCGGAACGCGAAAGAGUAAUUGAAUUCAGUAAACCCUUCAUGUCACUGGGAAUUAGUAUUAUGAUCAAAAAACCAGUAAAAACAAUUCCAGGAGUUUUCAGUUUUUUAAAUCCACUAAGCAAGGAAAUUUGGGUCUGUGUCAUCUUUUCAUAUAUUGGAGUGUCAAUUGUCCUAUUUAUUGUCUCCAGGUUUUCACCUUACGAAUGGAGAGUCUUAUCGCUCGGUGGUGGGGAUCCUAGAUUAGGUCUGAGAGGAGAUCCUUCCAUGCAACAUCCCCAUGGACCACAAGGAUCACCUCACAUGCAACAAUCAAGCAUGACUAAUGAUUUCAGUAUUCUAAAUAGUCUUUGGUUUUCACUGGGAGCUUUUAUGCAACAAGGAUGUGACAUUUCUCCCAGAUCCAUUUCGGGGCGAAUAGUGGGCAGUGUGUGGUGGUUUUUUACUUUGAUUUUAAUCUCGUCGUACACUGCAAAUUUGGCAGCGUUUCUCACAGUUGAGAGAAUGGUAACUCCAAUUAAUUCGCCAGAAGAUUUGGCAGCACAAACAGAGGUUCAAUAUGGAACACUUCAACAUGGUUCUACUUGGGAUUUCUUUAGGAAAUCACAAAUCAGUCUCUACAGUAAAAUGUGGGAAUUUAUGAAUGCAAGAAAAGAAGUAUUCGUAACCACUUACGAUAAAGGUAUAGAAAAAGUGAGAAACAGUAAAGGAAAAUAUGCACUUUUAAUUGAAAGUCCAAAAAAUGAUUACAUCAAUGAGAGAGAGCCUUGUGAUACAAUAAAAGUUGGUAGACAUCUCGAUGCCAGAGGAUUUGGAAUUGCUACACCCAUUGGUUCACCUUUUAGAGAUGAGAUUAAUAUUGAAGUCCUAGCGCUAAAGGAAUCAGGGGAGUUAGAAAAACUUUAUAAUAAGUGGUGGUACGAUCGAUCAGAGUGCAGGCAUGGAGAUAAGCAGGACGCGACGAGAAAUGAAUUAACUUUAAGUAACGUCGCGGGAAUUUUCUACAUUUUAAUAGGAGGACUUUUGCUUGCAUUGGCAGUAGCUUUACUAGAAUUUUGCUAUAAAUCACAUUCAGAAGCUACGAGAGCAAAGAUACCAUUAUCAGACGCAAUGAAGGCGAAAGCCCGAUUAACAAUCGGGGGUGGUCGUGACUUCGACAACGGCCGGUGGUACGGACUGCAGAGUUAGACGGAGGAUGCAUGCGCCUUGCCCGGGACCAUAUUACUACGCGCCGGCCAACGCGAUUGGCAAUGCGGAGGCCGAUCAGGUACACAGCAAUACACACACGCAGGUUUAAGCAGCCAGGAGGAUUCGCCUGCAAUUUCUCUACCAACACCACCACCACCUCCAUUACUUGCGCCACUUCCUCCUCCACCACCGCCACCACCACCACGACGUUCAUUAAGAAGAAGUGUUACAUUUGCAGAAUCACCGCCCAAGAGUCCAAAACAAAAAAAUCGUAAACUCAAUGUUUCAACAUUGGAUAUUGCAAUACCUUGGACACCAGCGUCACCUGGACAUUGGAUCAGUCGCGCUUCAAAACCCGAAUACAUAGCUUGAUAAUUGACUCCCAAUAUAAAAAUAAAAAUAAUAAUAAUAAUUAUAAUAAUAAUAAAAAAAAUAAUAAUAAUAAUGAUAAUUAUUAUUCCAAGCCUUAAAAAUAGUCCAACGACCUUGGAGGACAAUUUUCAAUCGCUCAAAAGGUCAAAAAAAAAAAAAAAAAGAAAAAAAAUUGUGGAAAUUUAGAAAAAAAAAUGUCCUUUUAGAGAAUUAUUUGGCUUUUCCGAUACGUGAUCCGAUAUACCAUGUGCGCUUCAAAGUACCUACACCUUCACAGAAAAAAAAAAUUAUAUUGACUCUUGGGCCUUCUUUUUGCACCCUAGACAUGUAUUUCGAGAAUUUCGAGUGUGAGAAUUGAAAAAUUAUUCAAAAAAUUAUUUUUCUUUUGGAUAAAUGAAAAUUCAAUAAAAUAGAAAAAAAAACUUAUGAAAGAAAUAGAAAAAAGAAAGAAAGAAAUAGAAAAAAGAAAGAAAGACUUAAAUAGAAAAUUUUUUAUAAACUUGUAAUUUUUGUUUUUAGAACAAAAAGUAGAAUUCAUUUUUAGUCAGGCGAAAACAAAUUUUAAUUUUGUACCGAUGAUUAAUAAAUUUAUAAAUUUUUUUUUUACCUAACUAAAAACUACUUUUUUUUCUAAAUAGAAAUUGGAAUUUCUAUAUAAAAAUAUGGAAUUUAAAUCGGAAUUGAAUAUUUAAAAAGUAGAAUUUCUAUUUUCUUCAUUUUUUUUUGAAAUUAGUAACAAUGAAUUUUUUUUACAGACAAAAUAAUUUAGUAGAAAAAAAAUUUUCUAAUUUUACUAUUUAUUAUCGAUAAGUACUAAAAGGCAGUUUUAGCCAAACAAAAGUAAUUUUCUUAAUUUUAUACUUUUCAAUAAAUAAAUAAUUAAAUUUUUCAUAUUCGUAUUACAAAGAAAAAAAUUCGCACUCGUAUUAUUUUUUCUUAUUGAUAAGUAGUAAAAGGCAAUUUUCGUCAGAGAGAAAAAAAUUCUCCUUUUGUAUAAAUAGUAAAAGAAAAUUUUAAAAAGAAAAAAAUAUUUAAAUUCUUUGUCAAUUUUGGUUACAUUUAUUUUUUUUUGUAAUUUUUUUUUUUGCAAAACUAAUGUAAUUUUUUCUUUUUAAUUUGUUUCCAAUUUUUUUUUUCAAUUUGAAUCUCUCACACUCGAAUCUCAUUGGUGUCUGACAAAAUGUAACAACUCAAAACUUUUCCGCUUAUCCUUCUCAGAGUUUCCCGUUUACAUAUUAUAUACAAAAAAAAAUACUACCUUUCAAAAAAAAUUAUUUCGUUUAAUAAUUUUCUUCUGAAAUUAUUUGUUUUAAUAACUUUUAAUUUUAUAUUCCUAAAAAAUUAUUACUAAGUAUUUAUUAUUAUUAUUAUUAUUUAUUAUAAUAUAAAUAAAAACUAUAUAAAAAAUAAAUAAUAUGAUAAAUAAUAUAAAAAAUAAAUAUAAAUAUUAUAUUUAUUAUUUAUUUACUUUUUUAUUAUUAUUUUAUUUAUUAAUUAUUAUUUAUUUAAUUUUUAUUAAUUAGUUUUUAAUUAUUUUUGAUUGUUUUUAAUUAUUUUUAAUUAUUUUCUAUUAUUUUCUAUUGUCAUUGAUUAUUUACUUGUACAAUAGAAUUAACCUCAAGAACACGUAACACAAAAUAAUAACGAAAACAAAAAAUGAGACUGUAAUAUAAAUAUAAAAAUUUGUACAAAAUUCGUCGGGAAACUCUGAUAUUAAAUUUGUCAUUGAAGUAAAACAAAAAAAAAACCAUUUUUUUUUUUUUUUUACUUUAAUGACAAAAAUCCAACCACCAUAAAACCUAUUUAAUGUAAAUAUAUAAAAAAAAAAACAAAUUAAACAACAAAAAAUCAAAAUAGUAAAAGUGGUCCUGGGGUGGGUGCAUGUGAGAAGAAAAAAGAAGAUAAUGAAGAAGAAGAAAAAAAAAACUAAACUCAACGACUGCAAAAAAAAAAAAAAUGCAGCGAUUAAAAAUGUGUAUAUUUUCACCAAAGUUCCAUAUAUAAAAAAAAAAAAUGAAAAAGAUAAAAAAAAAAAAUUUGACAACAGUUUGCGCGAUAAUAACCGAGAAAAAGGACUCGAAUUUAUUAGCGUGCAUCGAAAAAAAACUGCGGAUUAUUAUUAAAAAAAAAAAAUAAUAAUAAUUAAAUGAAAACUAGUCAUUGUGAAAUGAUGCGCAAUGUUUAUAAAUGCUGUGUGUGUGUGUAUGUGUGUUAAUUUUUUUUUUAUUUUCAAAAUUUUACGAGAAAAUGUAAUUGUGUUUUUUAAUUAAAGACAAAAAAAACAAAUGAUAGUUGAAUGUGCAAUUUAAUUCAAGAAAUUGUGUCAAAAAAAAUUAGGUUCACAAUUUUUUCUAUCAAAUAGGUAUUUAAUUUGGAAAAAUUUUUUUCCUAAAUGUAAAAAUCAUUUUUAUAAAUAAAUCGACAGUUAAUCAAAAAAAAUUUGUAAAUCAAAAUUUUUCAAUUAUGAAAUUAUUUUAAUUUUGAAAAAUAAUAUUGCGAAAAAAUAAUGUUUUCAAAAAUAAAUUAUUUAAUUGAGAAAAAAAUUGGCCUUAAUUUUUAAGAGAGGGUAAAAUAAAAUUAAAAAAAAAAAUGAAUAAAUGAAAAUGAAUAAAUAAAUCGAGAGUGUUUGGUAAAUUUGAAACUAGAUAGUAAGUAAAAUUUAAGGUUUAUAUUCCUUAUGCUAGCUCGUACUAGUCCACGAUUAAUGUACUCUGAUUAAAUUUCUAAAAAAAAAAAAAAAAAUCAGUUUAUACCUCAUCGACGCGAUAAUUAUUGUACAUUGAUCCAAUUUAUUGCUGAAUUAUUACGAUCUAGCUAUUUCUAUAAUACAAGUUGUAGGAUUAAUAUUCCUACCACCAGAUGUAUUUAUUUUUAACAAAAAUAAAAAAAAAAUCACCCUCAAUUUCAAAAAUAAAAUAAAAUUAUUAGACAUUUAUAAAAAAUUUAUUUUACUAUUUUAUAAAAAAUUAUUCGCAGGUGAUAAUCAGUAAUUUUUAUUUUUUAAAAAAAUUCUCUAUUAUCUGGUGAUUGAAAUAAAAAUCCAAAAAAAAAAAAAUGGCCAAAAUUUUGUGCCAAAAAGACGAUACCUCAACUUGAUUUAAUGUCACAAUAUUCGGGAAUUUAAAAAUAAAAAAAUUACAUAAAAAAAAAA